ACCUGAGGUUUUCUGUGGGUUAAUUACUUGACACACAGAAAAAAGUGAAAGCAAUCUGACGAAACAAACUUAACGACAAAUGAGCUCAGCGUGAGAGUCCCUCUUCGAGACCCGACCCACAAGACGGAAGAUCUGUCAGGGUGGAUGUUCUACUUCACUGCUUCUCCCGGUCAGUCCAUGGCCGAUCAGCAUGAGUCCAUCGAUCUCAGGUCUCCUCCAGUGGACCCAUCAGCAGCUGCAGGACACAGCUGGUUCCCUGUGAUCCCUCCACCCAUCUAUUCCUGCACCCUGACCCCUGAACUGGUGGCCAAGGCACGGGAGGAGCUCCAGGAGAAACCAGAAUGGCGUCUCCGGGAUGUCCAAGCACUGAGAGACAUGAUACUGAAGGAACAGCCCAAUCUCCGGACAAGGCUGGACGACACCUUCCUCCUGCGCUUCCUGCGGGCCAGGAAGUUUGACUACGACCGUGCCCUGCAGCUGCUGCUCAAUUACCACGCAGGUCGUAAAGCCUGGCCCGAGGUGUUCCAGGACCUGAAGCCAUCCACAGUGAAGCACGUCCUGGACCUGGGCUUUCUCACGGUCCUGCCGCAGCCGGACCCCAAUGGAAGAUACAUACUGUGUCUUCGGCCAGGAAAAUGGAAACCAAAUGAUUAUCCAUUUGUUGACAAUGUGAGGGCCAUUUAUCUGACUCUGGAGAAGCUUAUCCAGCCAGAGGAAACGCAGGUGAACGGUAUCGUCAUCUUAGCCGACUACACCGGAGUGGGCAUGUCACAGGCAUCCAACCCAGGCCCGUUCCUUGCCAAAAAAGUUGUGAGCAUCCUCCAGGAUGGGUUUCCAAUCAGAAUCAAGGCUGUUAACAUAAUUAACGAGCCCAGGAUCUUCAAAGGCAUCUUUGCCAUAAUUAAGCCGUUUCUGAAGGAGAAGAUGGCAGAGAGGUACAUCCUCCACGGCUCAGAUCUGCGCUCCCUGCACCGGAACAUCCCCCGCUCGGUCCUGCCAGAGGAGUACGGUGGCACCGCGGGCCACCUGGACAUGUGCGCGUGGUCCAGACUGCUGCUGGACUGUGAGGAGGAGUUUAUAGUGGAGUUCUGCCAACCGGAUCCACUAGAGGGCGUGCUGCUCCCAGACGCCAUGCUGUUUGCAGGAGAGCAGACCAGCGGGCAGGACGACGACACCUUCAGGGGGCUGCGCUCCCAACUUUACUACUGUUACUGAUGCACACUGUAGAUGCGUAGACUCCCAUCACUGAGAGGACAUUUUCUGUUUCAUUCGAAACAUGUGUGUAGACUUUUACAGGGCAAGUUGCCAAUAUUAUACAUGAUUUAUUUUACUAACAGAGCAGCACUACUUUAGGCAGAUUGUCUUCUCUAAUUUACACGUUGCCCAGCAUUUAAUCGUGGUUCAGAGGCAGCUGCAGACUCAGGCGAAGAGGUUUUUGACAAGAGCCGAGGCAUGUUUAGACGUUAUUGGUGGCCUCUAUGAAUUGAUUUCUGGUAUUUACAAUAAAGGAUAGAUCACAAUUUUUCAAUAUAUAAUGCCCACAUGUGCAUUGAAAGAGGUGUUGCUUGAUGUAAACAUUCCUUCUGUCCAUACUUCCUAAUGUGCCUCCAAUGUAAGAGACGGGGGACUAAAUCCACAGUCCUCAUUUUGUGUGUAUCGGAAGCUAAUAGGAGGACUCAGCAGUCUCGGUUAGCCAGAUUACGUGGGCAUCUACUAAGGUUACUGUCUUUGUAGUACAAAAUUCCCUAUUAAUGUUACCAGCUAUCCACUAAAGCUCGGCUUGGAAAACACUGUCCAGAGAAACACAAAGAGGGAGUAUGGUACUAAAAAAACCCCUCAUUUUUCACUAACUGAAGACUGCAGCGGCCUCAUGUUAGCUUUACCCGAACUUUGAAAAACAUUUUAGCCUGGAACGUAGACUUUGCAUUUUGUCCCCCGUCUCGUUGGGAGGGGCUCUCUUAACGGCCGGUAUGAACAGGAGGACUUAAAACGGCAGGCGGAAACUGUUUGAAUGUACAAAUGGGCACGAGUGCUGCUUUUGGAAAGACAUGGAAAAUGUGAAGCUAUCCCUGAAUACUUUCCACUGAGGAGGAUUUCUAAAAACAGCCUCUCAAACUCGCAUCUCCUCAGUUUGUUUAUUAUCCGAAAAACCGGCAGUCAUAGACUGGCCAUAAGUGCUCUGCCUGCGUGGUUACAUCACCCCUCAACUGAUACAAAAUGGUGACAGUGUUUGUGUAGGUAACCAUCUCAUACAUUGCCUUAACCUGUUGCUAGCCAGUAGAUUCUCCUAAAGAUGCAUCAUGAGUCGUGUUGGAUUUGUGCGUACCAAAGCAAUACUCAUGUUUAUUCUCACCAGGGCUUGUUUCACAAAAGGUUGGACGUACGGUACUUCACUGUUAGGGAGUGGAAAUAGUUGGCCGCUGUGGCUGAGAUAAAGAGUAAUGUCAUAGAUUUAGCAGUAAAUGUUUUUGUUCAACAUCUCACUCAUGCUCAGAAUUUCAGGGCCUUUGUUUAGCCGGUGCUUUAGUUUUCUCUAAAAUCUUCUUAGAGGAUUAUUUUUCUAAGUUCUGAUAAUCUGCCUUAUGUUUUUUUGUGUUAACCUUUUUUCGACCCGUUUGCCUGCGUUUCAUCGUGCAGUCUUAACACAGGGCCAUUACUGAUCAAAGUAGUCACGCGGGGAAGAGAACAUUCAGUCCUGACUCUGCGGAGACCUGGUUUUCGGCAAAUUUGACACGAGGCCAUGUACAGAAAUGUGCAAUAAUGUUGUAUCUGUUUUCACGUGGUAGCCCGACGCUAACUUGAAUAAAUUCCUUUAGUCUUUUAUAUUUUUAUUUUCAGCAUGUCUGUGACUAUAAGCUGUAUUGUGUUGCAGGGUAUUUAUCAUUGGUGGUGUAGACAGUAAAGUAAAGCUCAAACUGAGAAA